GGAAUUCCCGAUAUAACCAACUUGGCUUGGUCCACUCUUUCGCUCUUUUAACUGUCCAAAUAGUUUCCCCAUAAAGUUUCGUCGGAAUCGCAACCGGAACAUCCCGCCGCCCCCCUCAAUAUCUCCUCUCAUCCCGAUCCCCAUUUUCCCACUUCACUUCCUUCUUCUCAAUUCCUUCUAGCUUCUUCUUUAAUUCACUUCCCUCAUGACAAUCGACCAUAUGUCCGAUCAAACACGCACUUCCACCAGCAAUAACGAUCAUGAUUCCGACCAUCUCCAUCCUACUCUUCCCACGCCACUUCUCUCCAAUGGCACGGACUACAAUAAUGCUGGAGAUGACCUCUUUGUUCCUCCCUUGAACUUCGCUGUCGUUGACACCGGCAUUUUUCGCUCUGGUUUCCCUGACUCUUCCAACUUCUCUUUCUUGCAGACAUUAGGCCUUCGGUCUAUUAUAUGUCUUUGUCCCGAGCCAUAUCCUGAGGCUAGCAUGGAUUUCCUCAACUCCAAUGGGAUCCGAUUGUUUCAAUUUGGGAUUGAAGGUUCUAAGGCUGGUUCAGACAAGGUUGAUGCAUAUGUAAACUUGAUUCUCGAGUGUAUGAGGAAUUUGGAUAUGAGCGCUGAUCAAAUGUACUUUUUGGAGCCUUUUGUCAACAUUCCAGACUACACGAUUCGUGAAGUACUUAAAAUUAUUCUUGAUGUGAGGAAUCGACCAGUUUUAAUCCAUUGCAAGCGAGGGAAGCACCGAACUGGAUGUGUAGUGGGAUGCUUUAGAAAGGUGCAGAAAUGGUGCCUAUCGUCAGUGUUUGAUGAGUAUCAGAGGUUUGCCGCUGCCAAGGCAAGAGUUUCAGAUCAGAGAUUCAUUGAACUAUUCGACAUUUCUGAGUUGAAGCUUUUGCCAUCAUCAUUUUCAUGUUCCGAAAGAUAAUUCGUCCUAUGCCAGUUUUGAUAUCAAGGAUUUUAAAUGGUCUAAUUAAUUACACACUUAGUCAUUAAUUCCUUAGGCCUCAGUACUUCUCUCGCUCAAGUCAUUAACUACUCCCCCCUUUGUAUUUUGUAUAUUUUACUAUUCUCAAACUAUAUAUUUAGUUAUAAAUCCAUCAGGGGUUCAUUAGGAUUUACCCCAAGUCCCCAAUAUCAUAUGUAUAAUAUAAUUUUCAAAGAAACCAUGAAACUUAAUUAUGAUUAGAUUCGAAAAGAGUGAAGAUACAGUAUAUCUUUUUUUA